UUUUCAAAAGACAUCGCUUAUGUUACAUGCGGAUACUUUUCGGGUUUUGGUCUUGCGGUCUCCGGCACGCGUAAUAAGAAAGAAACCAAGAGUUGAGAGCAUUUUACUUUGGUUUUCUCUUCUUCUACCAGUGUGAAAUGUCAAGUUCAGCAGAAAACGAAGGCUCUCCCAUACUUGAAACAUUCGGAGUUGAAUGGCCUGAUUUCAACGGCGGAUUAACCUACGCAGAUACUGUCAAACCCAACAUCAGCGGUUCAACUCUCAUCAACUUCUACUCAACUAAGCACAGUACUUCUGCUCCGUUCCAAGGUUGGUUACAACGGAUUCAAAACGGACAGAUAACAAUUGACGGUCAAAUUGAAACGAACCCGGACACGAUUCUCAGGGAGGGUUCGGAACUUGUUUAUCAUCGAAUUCCGUGGAAAGAACCUGACGCUCCUUACUUAUUAGAUGUUCUAUAUGAAGAUAAUCAUCUGGUUGCUUUAAAUAAACCAUCUGGACUACAAGUUUUGCCUGGAGGACUUUUCCAGCAGCGGACUGUUUUAACACAGCUGCAAUGGAGGGGAGGGAAAUCAGGUGAUCAAGAACCACAUCCUGUUCCUGUUCAUCGAUUAGGACGGGGGACGUCAGGAAUACUUCUUUGUGCGAAGUCAAAGCUUGCCAAAACUCGCUUGUCCGCGUAUUUUGCUCAUGGCACAGCAGUUGUUCAUGAAAAGAAUACCAACACUGAGCGCAAUGGAAGGAAAAUUUCAAAAUUAUAUAGGGCAUUAGCCACAGGGAUAAUCGAAAAGGAUGAGGUUGUCAUUAGCCAGCCUAUAGGAGCAAUGCGAUAUGCUGGGGUAGCUAAAGGACUUUAUAUGGCAUCCUCAUCAGGAAAACCAGCUCUGAGCAAAGUUAAAGUUCUCGAGAGAGAUGUACAAAGAAAUCGCUCAUUGGUUCAGGUUGAAAUUCAAUCAGGGCGACCACAUCAAAUUCGCAUACAUCUAUCUUUUAUAGGUCACCCUCUUGCAGGAGAUCCUCUCUAUGCCUCUGGCGGGGUUCCUAUUAGUUUUGAUUCUGAACCUGUGGAUGGCAGUCAUGAAAAGGAUGGAGGUUAUCAGAGGCCAAUGAGACCUCUUCCUGGAGACUGUGGCUAUUUCUUGCAUGCUCAUCAAGCGGUUCUUCACCAUCCUACUACUGACGAGGUUAUUCAGAUUACAGCGCCUCUCCCAUAUAUGCUCCAAUCUCAAGAAGAAGCUUAUUAAGUGAAGCAGACCUAGUAGCACUCUGGCGGCCACUGAUUGGGAAUUAAGCACCAUGGAUGGAAAUGUUGAGCCCGUGCAAGUGCAUCGAUGCUAGACUUGCUAAUCUUAUUCUUGUUCUGUGAAACAGUAAAUGAAAGAACUGAAAUCAUGAUAGUGAAAUAUUUCAAUUCAAAUCUGUACCAAGUUGAACUCAAAGUGGAAAUGAAAAAAGAAAUGGU